AUGAACAUCUGCAUAGGACUGCUAUCAAACCGCAAUUCGACAGCCCAGACGUUGCCCUCUGGAGCACUCCUAAUUUUUGUAGCGCCCUACUUUACCCUAGCGAGGGCGCUGCUUGCUUGCUGCUGCAGGCAAAAGUUCCAUAUCCCUGAUGUCCCCAAAACGUAUAUGAACGCAUGUGAUAGAAGUGGAUCUCUCUGCAAUCGAAGCCAGUCCCUGCAACAGCCGCAGAACAAACCUGCAGUCCUCACUGAGCCAUCAACGUAUUUAUGGAGAUUUGGCAUAAAUGGUUUUGUAUUAAUUUGA